AUGUUCGCCGCUUCUCGCAUUCAGCGCCGUGCUUUCUCCGCCACCGCCCGGGACCUUUCCAAGGUCACCGUUCUCGGUGCUGCUGGUGGUAUCGGCCAGCCUCUCUCUCUUCUCCUCAAGAUGAACCCCCGCGUCACUGACCUCGCUCUCUACGAUAUCCGUGGCGGACCCGGUGUUGCUGCUGAUAUCUCUCACGUCAACACCAAGUCCUCCGUCAAGGGUUACGAGCCCAACGCUGCCGGUCUCAAGGAGGCUCUCUCCGGCGCUGAGGUUGUCCUCAUCCCCGCUGGUGUUCCCCGCAAGCCCGGUAUGACCCGUGACGAUCUCUUCAACACCAACGCCUCCAUCGUCCGUGACCUCGCCAAGGCCGCUGCUCAGGCUGCCCCCAAGGCCAAGCUCUUGAUCAUCUCCAACCCCGUCAACUCCACCGUCCCUAUCGUCAAGGAGGUUUUCAAGGCUGAGGGUGUCUACAACCCCAAGACCCUCUUCGGUGUCACCACCCUCGACGUUGUCCGUGCUUCCCGAUUCGUCUCCGAGAUCAAGGGAACCGACCCCAAGGACGAGAACAUCACCGUCGUUGGUGGCCACUCCGGUGUCACCAUCGUCCCUCUCUUCUCUCAGUCUAACCACCCCGACCUUUCCUCCGACGCUGAGCUCGUCAAGCGUGUCCAGUUCGGUGGUGACGAGGUCGUCAAGGCCAAGGACGGUGCUGGCUCUGCCACUCUCUCCAUGGCCAUGGCUGGUGCCCGCAUGGCUGACUCCGUCCUCCGCGCCGUCCAGGGCGAGAAGGGUGUCAAGGAGCCCGCUUUCGUCGAGUCUCCUCUCUACAAGGACCAGGGUAUUGAGUUCUUCUCCUCUCAGGUCGAGCUCGGCCCCGAGGGUGUUGAGAAGAUCCACCCUAUCGGCAAGGUCGACGCCAACGAGGAGAAGCUCAUUGACGCCUGUCUCACCGACCUCAAGAAGAACAUUGAGAAGGGUGUUGCCUUCGUUGCCUCCAACCCUCCCAAAUAA